AAGUACCACACAGAGACAUAAAGCGAGAGAGAGAGAGAGAGAGAAUUUUUGAGGCAUAGGCAGAAAGAUCCAACAACAUGGGUUGAGAGUGAAAGAAGAAAAGCAGCAGAAGGUGCUGUUGUAGCAGUAGCUAAUCCUGAGCAAACCCAGAACUUGAUUACUAUCGGCAAACCUUUUGAUCUCUGAAUGAUCAGUUUUUACUUCAGAAAUCCACGCCCAUGAGCAAGAAAAACGUAGGUUUCUCCAGCUAAUAAAUAAUACAUCUGGUAUUGGGUUCAGUUCCAUUAAUUGGAUCCAUUACUGGUCUUCAAUCGGACUGAGAGCAGAUAAGAGAAGUGGUGGUGUUCUUGGCUGGAUUCAUGGCAACCCUGUCACAUCCUGAUUCGAAACGCAAGUAUUCUUGGUGGUGGGGCAGCCACAUAAGCCCCAAAAAUUCCAAAUGGCUUCAAGAGAAUCUUACAGAUAUGGAUGCAAAAGUCAAACAAAUGAUCAAGCUUAUUGAAGAAGAUGCAGAUUCCUUUGCAAGAAGGGCAGAGAUGUAUUAUAAGAAACGACCAGAGCUUAUGAAACUUGUUGAAGAGUUUUACCGAGCAUACCGGGCAUUGGCUGAAAAAUAUGAUCAUGCAACUGGAGCGCUACGCCAAGCUCAUAGGACUAUGGCAGAAGCAUUUCCAAACCAAAUUCCAUUUGAUGACUCACCUGCAGGUUCUUCUGCAAGUGAGAAUGAUCCUCAAACACCUGAAAUGCCACCCCUGAUACAUUCCAUUUUUUACCCUGAUGAGCUGCAAAAGGAUGCUUUGGGACUUUCUCCAUCUGCUUUCCAUGUUUUCAAGAGGAGUGGAGCUUUUACUGAAGAACCUACUGUGACAAGCAGAAAAACUCUAAAAGAGCCUAAUGAUUCGUUUGGCGAAGGAAAGGCAAGAAAAGGCCUUAAUUUUCCAGAUGAAGAAGAUAAAGAACAAUCCACCCAAAAUAAUGGGAGCAAACAUAUCAAUGCUCAAGUUCUUUCCCAGUCUGAGCAAUUGGGUAAAGCUGAGACGGAAAUUUUGACCUUAAAGGAAACUCUUGCUAAAUUAGAAGCCGAAAAGGAAGCUGCCCUACUUCAGUAUCAACAGAGUCUAGAGAGAUUUUCUGCUCUGGAAUCAGAAGUCUCUAGUGCGCAGAAGGAUUCCAAGGGAUUUGGUCAACGAGCCAGUCAAGCUGAAGCUGAAGUUCAAACUUUGAAGGAAGCCCUUUCCAAACUACAGUCAGAAAGGGAUGCUAGUGUUCUUCAAUACCAGCAGUGUAUGGAAAUGAUAUCUAAGUUGGAGGAUGAAGUCUCUCAUGCCCGGAAGGAUGCUGGAGAACUUAAUGAGCGUGCUAGUAAAACUGAAGUUGAAGCUAAAGCCAUAAAGCAAGACCUUGUAACAGUAGAAGCUGAAAAAGAAGCUGCCCUUGCUCAAUACAAUCAGUGUUUGGAGAUGAUAUCUAACUUGGAGGAGAGAUUACUGCAGGCAGACGAGAAUGCCAGAAUGACUAGCGAAAGAGCUGAUAAAGCUGAAACCAUAGUUGAGCUCCUGAGGCAAGAACUUGCCAGAUUAACUGAAGAGAAGGAAGCUGCUGCCCUCCAGUACCAGCAAUGCUUGGAGACUAUUGCUGAUCUGGAGCAUAAAAUCUCUUAUGCACAGGAGGAGGCCCAAAGGUUAACAUGUGAGAUAGAUGAUGGAGUUGUGAAGCUAAAGGGUGCUGAGGAAAGGUGUCUUCUGUUGGAAAAAUCAAAUCAAACUCUGCAGUCUGAGUUGGAGUCUUUGGUGGAGAAGAUGGGGUCUCAAAGUGAAGAACUUACGGAGAAGCAGAAGGAAUUAGGUAGACUUUGGAGUUGCAUACAGGAAGAGCGUUUGCGAUUCGUGGAGGCUGAAACUGCUUUCCAAACUCUGCAGCAUUUACAUGCUGAAUCUCAGGAAGAACUGAGAUCUCUGGGUGAAGAACUUCAAAAUAGGACCCAAAUGCUGAAGGAAAUGGAAACUUGUAAUCAAGGUUUAGAGGAUGAAGUCCAGAGGGCUAAGGAGGAGAACAAGAGCCUGAAUGAGCUCAAUUUGUCUUCAGUUGUCUCAAUUAAAAAUCUGCAAGAUGAGAUCUUAAGUUUGAGGGAGACAAUAGGGAAACUUGAAGAGGAGGUUGAACUUCGAGUGGACCAAAGAAAUGCUCUUCAGCAAGAAAUAUACUGUCUGAGAGAAGAACUUAAUGAGCUGAACAAGAAACACUUGACUGUGAUGGACCAGGUGGAGUCAGUAGGCUAUGAUUCAGAGUGCUUUGGGUCAUCUGUGAAGGAGUUGCAGGUGGAGAACUCAGAACUGAAAGAGAUGUGUGAGGCAGAGAACAGCGAAAAAGUUCUUCUGUUGGAAAAGUUGGAAAUCAUGGAGAAACUUCUCGAGAAAAAUGUUGCUUUGGAGAAUUCCCUCUCAGAUUUGCAUGUUGAGUUAGAAGGGGUUAAAGAGAAAGUCAAAACAUUGGAAGAAUCCUGCCAAACUCUUUUGGGAGAGAAAUCCACUCUUGUAGAUGAGAAGGCUACCUUGAUUUCUCAAUUACAGAGUACAGCUGAAAAUUUGGAGAAACUCUCCGAGAAAAACAACUUUCUUGAGAAUUCCCUUUGUGAUGCAAAUGCUGAACUUGAAGUAUUGAGGGUAAAAUCCAAGAGCUUAGAAGAUUCAUAUCUGUUGCUUGAUAAGGAGAAGUCUGGCCUGGUCACUGAGCACGGAAGCUUAGUUUCUCAGCUGGAUGUCACUAAGCAAAGACUGGAAGAUCUGGAGAAAAGUUUUUCAGAACUUGAACACAAGCACUCUGAUCUUGAGAAUGAGAGAGAAUGCUCACUUCGUAAAGUAGAAGAACUGCAGGCUUCCCUGGACGCUGCACAGCAAGAACAUGCCAGCUUUUCAAGCUCAAGUGAAAAACGGUUGGCUGGCAUGGAAUUACAGAUCCAUGUUCUAGAAGAAGAAGGGCAGUGCAGGAAGAAAGAAUAUGAAGAGCAGCAAGACAAAACUUUCAGUGCUCAGAUUGAGAUCUUCAUCUUGCAGAAAAGUGUACGUGAUCUUGAAAAAAAAAUUGUCUCUCUUUUGAUUGAGUGCCAAAAUAUCUUGGAGGCAUCCAAAUUAUCGGGAAAACUCAUUUCUGAACUAGAGCAUGAAAAUCUUGAACAACAGGCGGAAUUGAAGUCCUUGUUUGGACAAAUGAUAAAUUUAAGGAUGGGGCUGUAUCAGGUUUUAAAAACUCUUGAGAUUGACGCAGACCAUAUGUUUGAAAAUAAGGUCAACCAAGAUGAAGCACUUCUGAGACACAUACUGAGCAAGCUUCAAGAGAAACAGGAUUCUAUCUCUAGGAGUUAUGAUGAAAAUCAGCUGCUACUAAUUGAGAAGUCAGUUCUUGUUACGCUGCUGAGGCAACUGAAAGUAGAUGCAGUAAAUGUUAUGACAGAAAGGGACAACCUUGCUGGGGAAUUCAGGAUUCGGUCUGAGCAGUUCUCUGAGUUGCAGAUGGAGAUCGAAAAACUUUUGGGGAUGAAUGAAAAAUUGAGGUUGAAAGUAAUGGAGGGAGAUCACAGAAUCGAGGAGUUGAUAACUGAAACAGAGAAUAUGCGUGGCCAGUUGAUGGACUUGCAAAGAACCAAUCGGAACUUACAAGAAGAUUAUUUCAAGGUGCUGGGAGAGAAAAAUUCCUUGAUGAAGGAAGCAUUUGAGUUGGUGGGAGAAAAAAGUGACCUAGAAGAAGCUAACUGGGUCUUAUUUGGUGAAAUAAUGUCUCAGUGCAAUAUUUCUUUGAUUUUUAAUAAUAUGGUCAUUGAAAAGUUUUCAGAAGUGAAAGAGCUGACUGAAGAACUGGAUAAACUUUGUUGUAUCAAUAAUGACCUUGAAGAGAAGGAAAGAUUAAUGGAGGGGAAAUUAGAAGAUGUAGAAACGGAAAAUUUAAACCUCAAGGAGUCAUUGAAUGAGUCAGAGACUGAGUUUGCAUCACUUAAAUCUUUUAGUGAUCAAUUAAGAUUUGAAAUUGCACACGGGAAGGAUCUAUUGUCUCGGAAAGAAAAUGAGCUUUUGGAAGCAGAGCAGAUAUUCAGUGCAACUGAAAAUGAGAAAAGAGAGUUGCAUAAAUUAGUGGGGGAUCUUAAGGAUAAGUAUGAUGAGGCUAAAUUGAUAAUCAAAGAUCAGGAGAAGCAGAUUCUGAAAUUAUCUGCUGAUAAUGACGAUCAGAGUAAGGAGAUGGGAUGUGUACGUGAAGUGAAUCAGAAAUUGGAGUCUGACCUGUGCAGACUGUGUGAAGAACUUAGGGGCGCCACAAUUAGGGAAGAAAGCUUGAAUUCUGAAAUGCAAAAGGGAACAGAGGCGAUUAAACUGUGGGAGAGUCAGGCUGCCACAUUUUUUGCUGAACUGCAAAUCUCCAGUGUCCGUGAAGUGUUGUUGGAAGGAAGGAUUCAUGACCUAGCUAUUGCAUGUGAGAGCCUUGAAAAUAGGAGUAAUUGCAAAGAUAAGGAGAUUGAAUUGCUGAAAGAAAGAGUUAGCACCCUGGAAGGUGAAAACGAAGGACUGGAAGAAAGCUUGAAUUCUGAAAUGCGAAAGGGAACAGAGGAGAUUAAAAUGUGGGAGAGUCAGGCUGCCACAUUUUUUGCUGAACUGCAAAUCUCCAGUGUCGUUGAAGUGUUGUUUGAAGGAAGGGUUCAUGACCUAGCUAUUGCAUGUGAGAGCCUUGAAAAUAGGAUUAAUUGCAAAGAUAAGGAGAUUGAAUUGCUGAAAGAAAGAGUUAGCACCUUGGAAGGUGAAAACGAAGGACUGGAAGAAAGCUUGAAUUCUGAAAUGCGAAAGGGAACAGAGGAGAUUAAACUGUGGGAGAGUCAGGCUGCCGCAUUUUUUGCUGAACUGCAAAUCUCCAGUGUCCGCGAAGUGUUGUUUGAAGGAAGGAUUCAUGGCCUAGCUAUUGCAUGUGAGAGCCUUGAAAAUAGGAGUAAUUGCAAAGAUAAGGAGAUUGAAUUGCUGAAAGAAAGAGUUAGCACCUUGGUAGGUGAAAACGAAGGACUGGAAGAAAGCUUGAAUUCUGAAAUGCGAAAGGGAACAGAGGAGAUUAAACUGUGGCAGAGUCAGGCUGCCACAUUUUUUGCUGAACUGCAAAUCUCCAGUGUCCGUGAAGUGUUGUUUGAAGGAAGAAUUCAUGACCUAGCUAUUGCAUGUGAGAGCCUUGAAAAUAGGAGUAAUUGCAAAGAUGAGGAGAUUGGAUGGCUGAAAGAAAGAAUUAGCACCUUGGAAGGUGAAAAUGAAGGACUAGAAGAAAGCUUGAAUUCUGAAACGCGAAAGGGAACAGAGGAGAUUAAACUGUGGGAGAGUCAGGCUGCUGCAUUUUUUGCUGAACUGCAAAUCUCCAGUGUCCGUGAAGUGUUGUUUGAAGGAAGGAUUCAUGAGCUAACUAGUGCAUGUGAGAGACUUGAAAAUAGGAGUAAUUGCAAAGAUACGGAGAUUGAAUUGCUGAAAGAAAGAGUUGGCACCUUGGAAGGUGAAAACGGAGUACUACAAGCUCAGUUGGCCGCUUAUACCCAUGCUGUUAUCUCUGUUAAACAUAGCGUAUCUUCUCUGGAGAAGCAUACACUUCUUCAUAGUAGGCUUUCUGCAGUUGGAAAUGAAAAGGCAAAGGAUGUUCUUUUGGUGAAUCGCCCACAUGCUGAAAUCUAUCAACAUAUGGAUGGAAAUGGAAUUACCAUGGUGCCAGACGAAUUGUCAGACUUGCAGAAUUUGCAAAGGAGGGUGGAAGCUAUUGAAAAGGCAGUGGUGGAAAUGGAAAGGCUGGCAACGCUGGAACAACUAAAUGCUAAUGGCAAGCUAGAGGCUGCAAUGAGGGAAAUCGAAGAGUUGAAACUUCAGAGUCACUCGAGUCAAGAAAAUGCUCAAGCAAGCAAGCAUGUUACUCCACACCAACCUGAAGGGAAAAGGGUGCAUGAUAAUGGUCUGAGUCAGGGGAUGCAGACACGGGAGGUCUCUGAUGCAAGAAAUGAAGUUCUGACUAAAGACAUCAUGCUUGAUCAGAUAUCAGAGUGUUCAUCUUAUGGUAUAAGCAGGAGAGAAACUGCAGAGGCUGAUCAGAUGCUUAAGUUAUGGGAAACCACUGACCGGGAUGGCAGCAUUGACCCGAUGGUUGGCAAGGGUCAGAAGGGGGCUAUGGCACAACCCCACAAUCAGAUUGAACCAGUCAAGGAGCACAAACCUUCACGCACCCCUUCAGAGUCAUUACUCGAGAAGGAGUUGGCUGUGGACAAGUUAGAAAUAUCUGGGAGACUUGCUGAGCCCCGUCAGAGAGGGAAUAAGAGGAAGAUUUUAGAAAGACUUGAUUCUGAUGCACAAAAGUUGACAAACCUGCAAAUCACAGUGGAAGAUUUAAAAAGGAAGGUAGAGAAUACUGAGAAAAGUAGGAAGGAUAAAGGUGUUCAAUGUGAUACAAUCAAGGGGCAGCUGGGUGAAGCUGAGGAAUCCAUCAUUAAGUUGUUUGAUGUAAAUCGCAAAUUGAUCAAGACAGUAGAAAAUAGUUCCCUAUCUUUUGAUGGAGUUUCUACACUAGACUCAGAUGAGAGUGUGAAUGCCAGGAGAAAAUUUUCUGACGAAGCACAAAGAGGGUCUGAAAAAAUCGGUCAGUUGCAGUUGGAGGUGCAGAAAGUACAGUUUCUUCUGCUGAAGCUUGAUGACGAGAAGGAAAUGCAAGGGAAAACAAGAAUCACUGACCGAAAACCUAAAGUUCUCCUGCGAGAUUAUCUCUAUGGUGGGGUAAGAACCAACCAGAGGAGAAAGAAAACGACCUUUUGUGCAUGUGUCCGACCUCCAACCAAUGGCGAUUGAAGCAGUUAAAAUUAUUCUGCAUUUAUUGGGGAUGAAAAUAAUUGAGAUAUUAGUUUCAUUCCCUAUAGAGUUUCAUUCAUCGAGAUGUUAGGCCCACAUGUUUUACUUUGUUUUGUAGACAGAAUCGUCUUCUUUGUCUCAGAAAUCCUGCUGUAAAUUUCAGAACCAUAUAAUUUUACGGAUUCUGCUCUUAUGGAGCAUGAUUCGCCCCACCCCAAUUUUCUAUCUUGUAUAAGUAACUUGGGUGCAAACCCAUCUUCUUCAAGGUUACCAAAGUUGUCCUAUGCAUUGAGUUCAUUGAAUGUUGCAC